AUGGCCGACACCGAUGAGCAACCCUCUAAGCGACGCAAACGCAGCCGCCGCGCUCCCUCCGAUCGCAAAUUUGAAUGUACGCACGAGGGCUGUGGCAAGAGCUAUUCGCGUGCUGAGCAUCUCUACCGACACCAGCUGAACCACGCCCCCAAACAAAUUUUUCGUUGCGAUUUCCCCAACUGCUAUCGAUCCUUCGUUCGCCAGGACCUAUGUAUCCGACAUCGCGAACGCCACACUACCCGCGGCUCGCAGCUGCAGAAGCGCGACUCCUUCGCAACUGAUGGUCACGAGGAUCUAUCCAAGUCACUAGUCCCGGCUUCAUCACCGUCUUCGCACUCCGUAACGGCGGGGGAAUAUACGUUCAUGACUGAUCCAGCGCCCAGCUCCAAGUCACCACCCAGCACAUCAUACCCACUAUCGACCGGAAUCGAAGCCACCGGCAUCCCAGUGUCCGGUUAUACAGAUUUCAACAAUGCUUUCAGCCAGCCUGACGCAAUGCUUGAUUUGGACGCCAUGUCAAAUGCAUAUCCCAUCUUUGGAGGCGAGACAUACAAUCGGUCCCCAUUUGCUAUGGCCGAUGACUUUGCAGCUUGGUUGUUCAGUGAGCCGCUCGCGCCGUUAGGAUACGGCAUGAUGCCCAUGGUCCAAAAUCAGUUUUAUAUUAACGAGCCUUCGUAUAAUAAUUUCUGUGCUGUAAUACCCCAGCACCCGAUGAGCGUUACUAGCAUACUAGACUCGGGAUCGCUCCCAGCGAUGAUCUCGGAGGAAAAACGACAGGAGUUACUUCAUUUAAUAGCGACACGCUUUAACGAGGCUGCGUACUCUGCGGAAACAAAACGCAAAGACGCUCUAUUGGACGGGGACUUAGACAGUGACCGACAUGUAUUGAGCUUGCGCAUGCUGCAGACGUAUAUCGGAUCGUAUUGGUACCGAUUCCAUGCGCAGCUGCCAAUCCUUCAUCAACCCACCUUUUCAGCAGACCGCACACCGAACUUGCUGCUAUUGGCUAUCAUCGCCAUUGGAGCUGCUACUCUUGAUAAGAUUCAUGGGCAAAUAGCCACGGAAACAGCAGCAGAGCUAGCAAGUUUCAUCGGUUGGCAUUUACGUUGGGAGAUUUUCAUGGACGCCGAUUUCCGUCCGCCUGCCCGAUUAUGGGUCUUUCAAGCGUUACUGUUGCUAGAAGUCUAUGAAAAGGGAUUCUCUACGCGCGCAUUACAUGAGCGUGCUCAUAUUCAUCAUGAUACCACAUUAACUCUGAUGCGCCGAGGAAGCUCAUUGAUCGGGAGGUCAUCAUUCGACACACCCGAGUCAAGAGAGGAAGAUGAAUCAUGGACCCAUUGGAUUAAAGCAGAGGCCACACGGAGAGUAGCCUUUGCUGCAUUUGUCCUCGAUUCAACCCACGCAACCAUGUUUGGACACUCAGCCAAAAUGGUUGCCCAUGAACUGCGACUGCCACUCCCAUGCGACGAGGCAUUAUGGGCUGCAACUAGUGCUGCGGAAGUAGCGCGUGUCCAGUCUAGUCUUCAGUCCCAUGGUGUGAGACCAGUAAUGUUUCUAGAUGGGCUUAAACGGACCUUGAAUGGCCAACCUGUACGGACCAAUACCUUCGGUCGCAAUAUUCUGAUCGCAGGAUUGCUCAGUGUUAGUUGGCAUCUCAAUCAGCGAGAUCUCCAGGUGAGCUCGUUGGGAGUUGGUCAAACCCUUGGUGGACGAGACAAGUGGCGGACUGCGCUCCUCCGCGCCUUUGAUAACUGGCGCCGUGACUAUGAUGAGGCGUUAGGUUCUUCGCCUUCGACCGAGUCCGAGUCGCGCGAUGUCCUCCACGGACUCGCCCAUAUGGCCUCCCACGUGGACAUUGCAGAUCUUCAGAUUUUUGCCGGUGCUGGUCGACUCAUGGGACGAUCUAUCACGUCGCGCGACUAUAGCGCUGCCCGCGAAAAGACCGAACGGUGGGCGACCAAGGCAUCGGCGCGGGAUGCUGCAUUCUAUGCGUUGAAAUUUCUCUCUGCCUGCUUCGGAGACCAUGCUUCCUCUGCGGAGUACAUCGCGCGUGAUGAUUACCUGCUUAACCGACCGUGGGUUAUGUACUUUGCCGCCUUGGUCGUAUGGUGUUAUGGGUUCGCGUUAGAUGGUCCCUUAAGACCUGCACCGACACUGCCCACGCUUUCUGAUCGACGACGCGACAUGCAUAUCUUCCUGCAGCGUGUUGGAGGGAUUCGAGAACCGAACGAGCUCGAAGGGAUGCAAAGUCGAAACGCAUGUUUGGGAUUGUUGAUGGUACUCCGGGACUCGUUUAACAGUUCACGAUGGGAGUUACUUGGAGAAGCGGCGCGGCUGCUGGACAGCUGUAUAACGAAGCUACAAUCGUGA